ACCAGUAAACCCUCCCUUCGCCCUACCGCGUAGGACAAAAACACCAUCAGCAAAAAAGCGCGACGAGUUCGCCGAGCCCGAUAAAUCAAUCACAAUUAAUCCUGGUAUAAUUGAUAUUGAUCCGGUGUUUCGCGCGGUACUGAAGCGCCUGCGAGGUUCCCUGGCAAAAGGGGUUGUUCGCCCUCAAACCUCGCCCCCCUUCCCCCCCCUCCUCUCCCCCCUUUGAAAAUUCGGAUAGGAAGAAACGAAAGAGUGGAAUAGGAGGAGGAAUAAAAAAUUGGUCUGGUGGAAAUUCGCGCAUCAUGUCGUCCAACCAUAAACCCAUCCGAUCGCGCUUCUCCAGCCCGCUGCAUUCGAGUUCGCCAUCCGGUCAUAAUAGGGGACUUGCCGGGGAAGGUCAAAGAACGUUUAUGCAGCGCUGGCUCGAGCCUCCGUUGCAAAACAAAGCAAGCUUUCAGGAGGCGGGAUUGAUAAGAGGAGGCGUAGUAGAAAAUAUGGCACCGUUAGGUACUUUGCCGAAGUCGAUGAUGCAUAAGAAAUCGCCCGUGAAUGGGGAUGCGGUGGCGCCCCCGCCGGUGAAAACUAGGAUUGUGUUGAAGAAACCCUAUACGAAUUCCGCGACGAGGGAAAGUGUGCCGCGCAUAAGGGAGCAAACACCAGCGGAGGAAGUGGAGGCUGCGGUAGAUGCAGAAGCCGAGGCAGAGACGGAGGCAACGGAAGAAGCAGCGGACACGACAGAGGCAGAAACCGCAGAUGUGGAAACAACGCCGCUUUCGCCGUUGUCCCAACCACUCCUUCCUAUCCCGGUUAUGGACGACGGUGCAGACGAGGAUUAUGUGCCUAAAAAAUCAAAAUCGCGGCCUUCCAACCAUCGGGUUAUCAACAUUAGCCCCAGCAACCACGCAACAAGAAGACAUUCAUCCAGAAGACGGAGUGCGCGUACUAGCCCUACUCCCACUCCCACUCCUUCUCAUUUAACAACCCCCGUCGGCAAUCAUCAGGCUGCAAACUCUUCUUCUACACCACUCAGUUCCGCUACUGCUGCUCCUGCUGCUGCGGUCAACCCUACUACUUCAAUCACCUCCACUACAACAAUUACUACACCUUUCAACUCUGCAGCAUCUUCAUCUUUCAACAAUACUAUAUCCUUCAACUCCGCUACUACACCUUUCACUUCUACCCCUCUGAUUCACUCAACUGCCGCACCCACAAAUAUCACGACAACCACAACAGCACCUAGUACUAUCCGCGCGGUAACCCCACCCGGUUUUCAAGCACCUCCUUCUGUUUUAAAUCGUGACGAACCAGAUAAAGAAUUGGCAGAUAAAGUCGUGGAGGCUGCAGUAGAUGAAGCACUUCUUCAUUACCGCUAUCCCACCGCUUGGGCACUUCGAUUACUUUACGAUGAAAAUUCGUCAGACCCGCAUUUUGUUUCUAUGAUUGAGGAUAUUUACUACCAACGCGCAGAUAUCGAGACGCAAAAAGAAUUCAGUCGACUCGUCUACUACAAAAAAAAGGACGGUAAGAAGGAGAACAAAGGUUGCGAUUAUUUUGUACCGCCUUCGACAGAUACCCGAGUGACUCCUCAUAAACCCAAACCUGCACCCUACGGGGAUCUCAUCAGAAUGGAUCUUAGCACUUUUCAUGAGCAACAAAUCCAUCAUCAUCAAGAAGAUGAUCAUCUCGAUGAGGAACUUCUUGAAGAAGGACACAUUAAUAAGAAGAUCAAGCUUGAUGAGGAUGCCAUUGAGGAUGAUGACGCUAGUACCAACACGCCUACUAAGGCAAAUGGAACGGGAGAUCACAAAGGUCUCACAAACACCAACAAGUCUCCGAACAAGUCUAUCCGAGGCAGAAAGACAAGAUCCGGAUCUGCUAGCAGCUCAUCUACUCUAUCUUCAGUUCCUGACGAUGUUCCGGAUGACUACGAAGAAUUCAUGGAUCAGGUGGAUGACGACCUAAGUGUCGUGCGUCCCAUGGCUGCCGAGCCAAAUAAUGCGCAAAUCCCGGUAGGCUCAGCCCAGCCAAUCAGCGACCAGGAGAAGAAACCCGCCGCCGCCAAAAAGAAGAAUGGUGCAUCACCCAAGCAUCCUCUCUCGCAAAGUACACCUGCUCCUGCUCCUAAUCCUACUUCUAACAUUAACACCCCCCUCCCUCCCUCUCGCGACUCUAGCAUGCCCGCCGCUAUUGUCGUAAACGGUCAUCAAGAAUCUUCUAGGGCUAACAGCCUUGACAUUCCGAAGUAUCCUAGCAAAUUUGGAGUGUUAGAAGAACUUCCCGAUUCAUUCCCUUACAAAAAGAAGUCUAAGAAGUGUGAGACCGCCAGCAUUACUAAGGAGUCAUCUGAAGACAGCUACAUUCGUGAUCACCUCGGAGAAGACGAUUCAUUGCCUUUCGAGCUGGCUGUGCCACCUCCGCCGCCUGCCAUCGCGGCUGCGACAGAGCAGGGUCGCGCAUCUCGAACGCCUGCUUUAAGUUCGCGAGCUGCCAGGGCGGCGAAAAGAAAUCAUGACGAACUCAAUGAAUCCAUUUCGCCCACUGCGCUUUCAUUCAAGACAGGCGAUAUUGACUCGUCCUUCUCCGCGCGAAACUCACGAGCUGCGACACCCUCAUCUAACUUACGCUCUAGCAAAAAGACUCGAGCAGGUCUACGUGUGAAGACUUCGCCGAUGAAAAAGAAGAGCACAGCUGCGGGAAUUCCUCGUAGUCAUGGUGAUCGUCCGAGCCCCGUGGGUAAUGGACCCAACCACCAGGACGAUAACGACGAUUCCUGCUAUACUUGCGGCUGCGAUGGCGAGUUAGUUUGUUGUGAUGGAUGUCGUUUUUCUUUCCACUACAUGUGCAUCGAUCCGCCUCUAGAGGAGGAGCCGUCAGUUGACGAGUGGUAUUGCAACGAGUGCAAGACUCGACGCGGCCCUCCUCCCCCUCCUUACCCUUAUGAAGAUGACGAGCCUGUUAUCUUCAAGGCACUACUUACGUCGCUGGAAGGCAAGAAUCCUAGCUCGUUCCGUCUACCCGAAGACAUACGGGAUCUCUUUGAGGGUGUUCAAACGGGUUUGCGGGGUGACUACGAAGAGCCCGUUGCUCCGAAGCCCAAGACCAACAAGAAGACUGCCGAUGAACCCUUUGAUUUCUUCAAGGUUAGAAAUGCUAAUGGCCCGGUCUUGUGCCAUCACUGCCACCGAGGUUCCAUGGGCAAUCGCCCCAUUCUUCCUUGCUCUAUCUGCGGUCUCAACUGGCAUCUCGAAUGCCUGGAUCCUCCUCUAGCUGUUCCACCUGUCCCUCGGACCUGGAAAUGCCCUUGCCAUGUUGAUGACAUUCUUGCGAACCUUCCCGAGCGAUUGGGACCUGCGCAUCGUUAUCGAAAGCUUAAGGAUGCGCCCGUCAUUGAACAGGUGUACAGCCGAGGACUUGCGAACAACGGAUGGAUUGAAAUCGACAACGAUGAUAGUGAUGAUGAUGACGAAGGCUGGCGGCAAUAUAGAGGAUUUGGUCAUGUCUUCCGAUUAUCUGAGAAGGGUAUCAAGCAGGACUUUAUCACCAAUUUACGCAAGAAGCGACCGAGUGCCAAUGCGCCUGUUAGCAACCCCAACCCUGUUCCUGCGUCUACAUCGGCAGCUGCAGUUCAAGCUAGUGUGCCGACGUUGGAAGAGCAGCAGGUAGCUUUGAGCCUUGCUCAGCUAGCCCAAGGUGGUGCCAAUGAUGGCAUGAGUAUGCUGCACCAGGCCAUGAUUUCCGAAGCUAGUCCUGCUGUCAUAUCUAUGAUGGCGAGCGGAAGUGCUCAACAUAUUGCUAAGGGCAAUCUGGCUUCUGUUGACAAGGUGUCACUUGAAGCUAUGCUUGCGCAAGCCGAAGUCCUAUCCAAGGGUAUUCGAGAUCUUCUCCAGAACAAGAGCAAGGAGAACCAGGAGGAUACCACAAGUAAUGUGGCAGUCAAGGAGACUAAGCGCAAGUCUCCCGUAUCAGCAAACGAGAAGGCCAUUGUUAAGGAUGGCAAAGAUGAAGAUGCCGACACCAAGCCGGUCAUGGACGAUUCUGCGAUGCAGAUCGACUAAAUAUUUCCCCCCACCCACCUGAGAUACAGCCGACGAUGAUUAGUCGGCAACCACGAACGAUUCCGCAACGUAGACCGAUAUAAUACCCCUUGCUUGCCGAACCCGUCAUUUUUCCAUUCGAGCAUAUCGGGCGUUUC